CAAAAUUUUCAGCAGAGAAAAACUUCUCUCUCUAUCCCUAAUUUUAAUUUUUUUUUCCUUCCUUGAUUUGGCUUUGUUCAUAGCCGUCUUUAGCUACAAAGCUAACUGUCCCCUUCUUUUAAUUUCUUCAAGUUUCAACUACUUUAUAGCUACUUCUACUAGUAAUAGAAGAGAAAUUAGAGAGGAAAACAAAGAGAGCUCUUUGCCUUUGCUUUUCUUGUUCAUCAGAUCUUUUAACACUCCACCUAAAAUUCAAGAAUCUGAAAUCCCGGAAUUCGGUUUCGAUUUCGGCUUCAUGAGAUAAUCUCUUUCUUGAUCAUUCUCUGAUCUUAGUUUGUUGGAUUUUGAUUUGAUCGACAGAUUCAAUGGAGGAAGAUCAGGGUCAAAAACAUAUGUGCAAGUUUUGUAGCAAAAGCUUUCCCUCCGGAAGAUCCUUAGGAGGCCACAUGAGGUCUCAUUUGAUCAAUAUUUCAUCUGAUGAGAAAUUGAUUAAAAAAAAGAAGCUUCCACCUCUUGCCAAUUCGAAAAGUAACUCCGAAAAUGUUUACGAACUUCAGGAGAAUCCAAAGAAGAAGAACGAGCUCUCGAAGUCAUCAAACGACGAGAAGGAUAGUUUGUUUAAGGACAGGAUUUGUAAAGAAUGUGGAAAAGGAUUCCAAUCUUGGAGAGCUUUGUUUGGUCACAUGAAGUGUCACUCUGUAAAUGGAAGGAACAUUUCUAGCGUCGACGAGGAAUCUUGGAAUGGUUCGAAUGAUCAUCUGAAGCCGGAUUUGGAUAGCGAAUCGGAUAAUGAAGGCUUGACUCCGUGCAGGAGAAAGAGAUCGGAUAGAAUGAUCAAAAGGUACAACACUUCAUCUUCUUUAAGUACUAUUGCUGCUAAUUUGUCAUCCUGCAUUUCUGAGAUUGAUCAGCAAGAACAAGAAGAGGUUGCCAUUAGUUUAAUUAUGCUUUCAAGGGAUGUUUCGAAUUGGAGUAUUAUGGAUUCUGUUCUUGAUCAAUCCUCUGAAAAUAAUUCUAACUUUUUAGAGUCGAGCAAAAUUUCUCUACUGAAAUCAAAGAAAUCCAAGUCUGAUGAGGAAGAUUUCGGAUUCAAAACUCCUGUUAUUCCAAUAAAUGGCCUCAAAAUGAGCAAAUCUCAUGUUUCCGCAUGUGGGUUUCUUGAGAAAAAGAAUCUUGAUAACGAGUCCGAAGUUAACUCGCCCAAGAAAUUGAUCAAGAAAAGCGAAUCGGAAAAGUUUGAGAUAGAUUCUAAUAAGAAGAACAAGUUAAGCAAGAGAAAGUGCAUUGGUUUAUAUGAUCCUCAGUUGAGUGUGCCAGAGAAUUUCCAAGAAAAAGUUGCUUAUUUUGGUACUUCUGAUUAUUUAUUCUGUGAGAAAAAACCAAAAUUUGAGUGCACAACUUGCCACAAGGCCUUUUCUUCUUAUCAAGCACUUGGAGGCCAUAGAGCUAGCCAAAAGAAGUUCAAAGGCUGCUGCACUCCAAACGGCGAAGACAUCCUCAAUUCUGAUCAAAUUUCACCAAAUCAAACUGCCAAUGAUAAACUCAUGAUCGAUAUUUUUGCAAUGAAGGCAGAAUCAGAAAUCAGGUUCAAGAAUAAUUCUAAGGAUCACGAAUGCCCGAUUUGCUUUAAAGUUUUCGCAUCAGGCCAAGCCUUAGGUGGCCACAAGAGAUCACACUUAAUUCGCGAGGCGAAAUCCAAUCCAUCUAUUGUAAUCGAAAAACAAGAACCAAUUCGAGAUUUUCUCGAUCUCAACUUGCCUGCACCUGUCGAAGAAGAUCUCGAUAACGAUCGACUCAGGUUGAAGCCUUGGUGGAGAGGAACCAGCAGCCUUGAGCACGAGCUACUACUGAGCCUACUCUCUAGCUGAUGAUCCUGCACAUUUCUUGGUUAAUUUCCCAUGAAAAACACGCAGAGGAAAGUGUACAGAUUCAUUAAUUAUUUGCAGAUUUCUCAAAAGUAAUAACUACUUCUAUGUUUCAUGUUCUUUUUACCUAAUCAUUUUCACAAGUUAUAAUUAUAAGUUACAAAUUUUACUGA